GCUCCGCCCGCGCCUCGCUGUCCGCGCCGCGCCCCGGGCGUCCAGAGCGCGCCCCUCGCACCGCAUCAAGCGCCGCCCGCGGCAGCCCAGCGCCAGCCUUCCUCCUCCUCUUUCUCCUCCUCCUCCGCCGCCGCCGCCGGACACGCAGCCGCAGGCCGGGGCCGGGACGCAGCUGGGGAGUCAGGGACGCGCGCAGCCAGCCCUUCCCCCUCCGGCUCCCGCACCGCCGGCCGCCUCCCCUCGCCCUCCUCCUCUCCCCUCCCUGCUCCUUCGCUUCUCCUCCUCCUCCUCCUCUCCCAGCCCCGGCUGCCAGCACCAUGUCCGCAGGGGGAGAUUUUGGGAACCCACUGAGAAAAUUCAAGUUGGUGUUCCUGGGGGAGCAGAGCGUCGGGAAGACGUCUCUGAUCACGCGGUUCAUGUAUGACAGCUUCGACAACACAUACCAGGCAACCAUUGGGAUUGACUUCUUGUCAAAAACCAUGUACUUGGAGGAUCGUACGGUGCGACUGCAGCUCUGGGACACAGCCGGCCAGGAGAGGUUCCGCAGCCUGAUCCCCAGCUACAUCCGGGACUCUACAGUGGCUGUGGUGGUGUACGACAUCACAAAUCUCAACUCCUUCCAGCAGACCUCUAAGUGGAUCGAUGACGUCAGGACAGAGCGGGGCAGUGACGUCAUCAUCAUGCUGGUGGGCAACAAGACGGACCUGGCCGACAAGAGGCAGAUAACCAUCGAGGAGGGGGAGCAGCGCGCCAAAGAACUGAGCGUCAUGUUCAUCGAGACCAGCGCCAAGACCGGCUACAACGUGAAGCAGCUCUUCCGACGUGUGGCCUCGGCUCUGCCUGGAAUGGAGAAUGUCCAGGAGAAAAGCAAAGAAGGCAUGAUCGACAUCAAGCUGGACAAACCCCAGGAGCCCCCAGCCAGCGAGGGCGGCUGCUCCUGCUAAUGCAGCCUGACCGCCGGCUUCCUCUGACAUUACUCGCUUGUUGUGUUGCUUCCUAUUGGUUAGCUUCCUAAGGGGGGGGUGGGAGAUGAGCUUAUCCAGAUGGGAGGAUUUUUCUUUUCUCUCUGUCUCUAGGAGUCGGGUGGGGUGGGGUGGGAGGGAGGCUGGGCAUCAGGGAUCACGUCACUCUUUAACAGCUGUUACUCAAACAACUAUUUUUUGGUUUGGUUGUAAUAUAUUGUACUUUAUUAAGAUUGCCAAAAACUGUUGAAAUUUAAAAAAAAUUUAAAUCAUGUGUAUACAACUUUUUGCCAGAUAAAAAUGUAGUCAUUUUUAUUUGAAAGAUGUGCUUUUUUUGUUUUUGUAUAUUUGUAAACUUACAGAGACCCUUUUCCACACACCUCCUCCUUCCUGUCCUCUUUGAACGGUUCACCACCUCUGCCCUCCUCCCACCCCCAGACCAAUACAUUUAAACAAUUAACUGGGCAAUUUAAUCAGGCUCCAACCCCCGGGCUGUCUGGCCCACACCAACCAGGCUCCACCAAAACAGGCCCUACCUGGUUAAAUCAAACACUGAUGGAACGAAACAGCCUCUGAAGAGGCAGCUGUGACUCUGUCCUUCUUCCAUGGCCAGAGGGGAACAUCAGUCAUGGCCCCGAACUGAAAUUAAGGCCUCGUGAACUGCAGGGAGCCCAGCCGCAGGCCCACUGGAAUUACGUCUGCCUCUUUCCCCUCCCUGAAAAGCCUUGAGAGGGCACUUGCCACAGGCAGCCUUCUGUUCUCUGUGGUCCACCUAGUGAUUGGCAGAGCGAGAGGUCUUGGGAAGGAAGGAAGGACGGGGUGCUGUUGGCAACUGUGCACUGGUUUACAGACUAGGGGCAUCACGUGUAGUUUUGAAAAUGUUUUAAACAGCCUGCCGGGCGAUCAGCACACACGUCUGAGUUGAAGGUAAGGAAAAGGCAAAAGGAAUCUCCGUGUGUGCCCCCUGAAGCCCUCCUCUUUGGAUGCCAGGAAAGCUGGAGCCUGUAUCACACAGCAUUGGCCCGUCUGUGACUGGGGAAGGGAGGGUCUGCAGAACUGCCACCUGGAAGAUGCCUGUUCGCCGAUCCUUGGUUGCUAAUAUUGUCGUGUGCUGUUGUGGAAAAGCUGACUUCUUGGCGUGUUUCUGCCACCCUGGCAUAGUGCAGUUGAAAUCUGUAUGCACAGACCUUUGCAGAUAUUGUAGCAGCACUCUGGUUGCCUGAGGGUAGGGCUGAGGUGGAGUCCCCAGAAGGCUUCCCCAGAGAGAGCCGUCCUCGCCAUUUUUGACUCAUUUCUGAGAAGGACUUAGUCCUGAGGACCUCCCUGUAAAAUCUCUGAAGAGAACUCUUUCGCUAAGCGAUGUAGCCUGCUUGGCCAACGUUCCAAGUAGACCCAGACUCACCAAGCCUGAGCCGGCAUAAAGCCAGGCAGUGGGCAGCCACUCUGGCCAAAAUCGGUAAGCCCUGCCCUCCAGGCCAGCGUUGCCUCUUCCUCCAGGCCGCUGUUGGGCUUGUCAUAGAUGAGCUAAAUGACCAUCUGGGGUGUGGUAGGGGGUAAAUUCCUCCGUAAAGCAGGGCUGCAACAAGUUAUUGCGAUGAAUGGGGAACUUCUCAGAAACGAAUCCAAAAUGGCAGUCCGUAGGUGCAGCGGGACCUGGCAGGACUCACUGAUAAUUUGUCCAGUGGGCCCGUCACACGCUCAGCUAAGGAGCCUGCGUGUCAGAGCUGAUCUGUAGAGAGGAGUUUAUUUUCAGGUGAAGAAAAGAGGAAGUAGGGUUGCCACUGAGCUCCUCUUCCAGAAGGCAAAGACCAAUGUACGAACGUAAUUCCAGUGUCACAUGUUGAGUUUUUAUAUGUGUACAUAAUUAUAUAGAGAGAUAGACUUGUGUAUACACCUUCAAUACACACGUUCUCACAGAGAUACACGUGCUCAAUGUAUAUUCUUGUUUUUCCUGCUCUCAAGUUGGAACUUGCAUUGUGAUAACAGUUUUGGAAAUCCAAAAGUACUGCAACGUGUUGAAGUAAGAACUACUUAAUAUUGUCCAAAAACUUGUGAUUGUCUUGCCAUCAAUAAAAUAAUGCAUAGAUGUGUUAACUACAGGCAAAAAUAGCCCCCGGGAACAUGUGCACCGUUUCUCUCUGUACUUAUAUGCACAGGUGUGCGUGCCCACGUGGGCCAGUACCGCCCCCCCCCCCCCCCAUGGCACGUCCCCAAGUGGUGCUUGUUGGAAGAGUGUUUACUUACCUCGUGAGAACUCAUAGGAGUCCAGGUGACAGCACCCGGCCCGGCUGGCAGUGAGGGCUGUUGCUUGUGGCCCCUGGGGCAGCCCCAUUUGCAGGGAUCUCCUUGGGUCUCAGUGAAUGAAUGGGUGGUGGAUUUUUAUUUUCUUGGUACUAAAGAGUACUUUUUCUUAAAACAUUCUUGUAAAAAAGGGUAGAAACUCAGUCCCCUUCUCAUGUGUACACAUAUCUAAGGCACCCCUUUUUUUCCCACCACAGCCUAGAAGAAUAGUAAGAGAUGCAGUAGACACCAUGUGGCUUGAUGUGGCCUAGGUGAGCCCUCCUUUCCCAGCAACGACACAACAUCCUCUUUCCUGAGCCCAGGCCCUCCCAGCCCCGUGGGCUUCUGCAGCUGAGAGCGCUUGCCUCCCCUCAUCCUCCCAUCUUGGUGCCACACCGUUCCAUGGGCAGCCCUUCCUCGGGCCUCAUCUCCACUCCUCACUCCUGGGCCUGUCAGGACAGCCAGACCUCCAGCACAGAAGGGCGUUGGCCCCUUGGCUCCCAUCUGAGGCAGGUGCCAUCACUGUCCUCUUGCUUGUAGGUAGGAUCUUGUCUCAGAGUUAAGGUUCAACAAUGAAAUGACCAGGUUCCCCUGAAGAAAAUGGCGUGGAAUCCCUCGGCAUCUCCCGUGAGAGUAUCCCAUCGUUGCUGAAUCCAGGUGGGCUGGCACGAGGCAAAGGGGAGGAACCUUUUUGGGAAACGAUCUCAGUUUAGCCAGUGGUUUAGUCUCUCUCCCUGCAGAGCAGCCCUGACCGGGCAGUAGAGCAGGAUCAUCUUCCGGAGCCCUCUUUUUUACUGUGAGGAAUCUCAAAAAAAAGCUGUCAGUGAAGCUCCUGCUUUGUGGGCCUCUGAAAAACUGCGCACACGGUGGGAGAGGCAGGAAGCGUAAUUAUGAAUGCACGCACGUGCCAGAGUGAACGUGUGGCGCCAGCAUCUCGCGUGCUAGAACUGCAGCUGUGUGGUCCAAGGCUCGCUAGCAUGCCGACUCGAUCAGAGGCCUCCCUGCCAUCACUGUCACCACUCUCUUCCUAUCAGCAUCCUCCAUCGGUCUGGAGUGUCCCAGGUCCGAGGAGCAAUGGCCAGAUCAGUUCAAGUGUCUCAGGCAACAGAAACGAGGGUUGAUAAGGCGGUAGCUGAGGUGCAGACACAUCUUGAGGGCAAUGUCUCUGUCGUCCUGGGGGCCGGCCAGUGCUGGGAGCCCCCUGCCCUCAAGUACCAGGUGUGACAAUAAUGGCACCGCUGGCUUCGGUGUCCCGCAGGCAGAGCAGCCUCCUUCGUUCACGUGACGGAAGGCGGUGAGGAUGUCAGGAUGUGAGAAAGGGAGCUGAGGGCUGUGACGUGUGUCUGAGCCACACGGGGCAGCUGAGCUGAAGGGUCUGUGCAUCAGCCAGUGGGCACUCGUUUCCUAACUACCUCUCCCCCAAGAAUGCGAGGCAUUGUGCCCUGGCCACAGCAGAGUGAGGCGGAGGGCCCAUAACCCUGUCUGUGCCAAGGCAGAGAAACAAGACCAAGAAGGGCGACUUGCUUACGACCACCCAGUAAGCUGGAAGCUUACUGGGAACCAAGGUGUUUCCACUCUUCAUCCAUUGCCGACCUGUGUGUAGCAAAUGCGACUGUGACCGGCACACAGGGCUGCUGGGCACGCGUGCUCCUCAACCAUCUCUAUGCUGGUUCGGACGUAAGAGUCUGUCCAGCGUAGCUGAGUGAGGCAGGAAAGAACCCACGUACAUUUCAGGCUUCUCCAUUGCAAAGAAGGGCCAGUCCCCAAGUCCACUCUGAUUGUCAGACCAGGGCACCCUUUGGAUUUUUUUGUUUGAAAUGAACUAUUUCAGUGUUCCAAAACCUUGAGCUCUCAAUGUGUAACCUCCCUGGACGUCACAUCCCCCGUCUCCCUGUGUGGCUGACACUCUGGGCAGGGCGUGGUUUAUCCUUGCUGUGAGGUUCGGACGCUUCCUUCCAGUGCGAAGCCUCCAUACGUUGACAGCCAGCCUGUAUCACGUGGUGUGUGUCACCUUCCCCCUCACCGGUCCCCAUAAAAGUGAUUGGGCCUGAGGAGCAGAGGGUGGCAUUUCCAUCUCUCACUGGCUCAGCAGGUUUAAAUGGCCACAUUGACUUUACAUAAAACUGUGUAAAAUGUGGAAGGCUCAGCAUGUUGAUCAAACAAUAA